AUGUCUUGUGAUGAUAUCCACUUGCCUUCAAACGCAAGGAGAAUAAAUGAAUAUUCUGAUGGAUUUGAUAAUCAAUCAUCUGAUAACAAAUCAUCUAAAGCGAAUUCAUACCUGGCAAACUUCUUGACUUCCUCGCUCCUGAACUCAGUUUCAUUCACGCAGCCACCACCAAACACAACAACCCACAAGCAUCCACUUAAUCUACAAACUAUGAGUCUCAACUUUCGUAACUUUGUUCAGAAUACUGGUCCUUUGUUUGCCAUUUUAGACGCCGUGGAGGGCGUUAUCUUGUGGAAAUCUACUUCAAUUACCAUUCUCGUUGUCCUCCUUUGGACUGUUCUCUGUCUCCACCCUGCUCUUGUCCUUAUUCUACCUCAAUUUUCACUUAUUUGCGUCAUUUUAUACAAUCACUCUGUUAGAUUUCCUAAAGAGGACAUAAAAGUGGUUGAUAAUGAUGACGCACCCGCAAAGCACCCAUCAGCACCUAGUUCACCCACGUCUCCCACGUCUCCGACUUUUCCCGCUUCUCCCACUCAACCCACUCAACCACCCCCUGAACCACAGCUCCCUGACUCAUCUAGCCCUGACUACUACCUCAACCUUCAAUCGAUACAGAAUCUAAUGGGAACGACAAAUGAUGGCAUUGAUUAUGUCAUGCCCAUCUAUCGCAAGCUUAAUUGGAGCGAUAUUGAGCAGAGCAACGGUAUUCUCAAGUAUACAGUUGUAUCGCUGUUAGCCACUUUGAUUCUCCUUCCAAUACUCCCAGCACGCCUGAUAUUCGCUCUAGGUGGUUAUCUAGUACUAGCACUCAAUCAUCCCCUGGUAAAGGAAUAUCUUUAA